CAUGUGCUUGCCUUCUCUUAAUAAUUAAAUAUAGUCUUGAAUUUUUCCACUUGCACGAAUCUUUUCUUCUCCACAUGGAGGCAGUUUAAAUCCCAUGAGAGCGGUGAUCAUGUCUAUUCUAACCUGGCAGAACCUAGCAUCAUGCAGCUUUCACAUUGUUCAGUAAAUAAAUAUGGGUAAGUCGGUUGGUGUGCAUGAUAUUUGGGAGGAUUUGUUCCAAUCUUGACACUAUAUUUUAAAUAUAAAUGGUAUGAGUAAUGCCAACGACAACACAAAUCCGUAUAGUGAAUGCAAAAGUGCCCUGAUAUCACAAUGCUAGCACAGGGCGGAUACUUAUGAAACUGCAGUUGCCCUGUCUUGCUCUUUACAAUUUACAAAGUCGCAACCUCAAAAGUCCUCUGUCCUUUAGCUCCUCAUGGGUGCCUUUGACAACUGUGGAGAUCUGAGCAGGAUAGAAGACGCUGGUGUAGGUGGUCAUUGCUGCCUCUGACUCAGAUCUCCGAGCUCAAGUUUACCAGUGAGCAAGAUGGAAACUGCAUCACCUUUUAUGAUCUAACCUCAGAACACACCAUCACUUCCGUCACCUUCUAUCGGUUGAAGCAAUCACAAGCCUGGCCAGAUUCAUAGAUUUCAUCCUUCUGUGAGCUGUCACCAUGACCCUGACAAAAGGUUCCUUCACUUACUCCAGUGGAGAGGAGUAUCGUGGCGAGUGGAAGGAGGGCCGCAGACAUGGUUUUGGUCAACUGAUGUUUGCAGAUGGUGGCACCUACCUGGGCCAUUUUGAGAAUGGGCUCUUUAAUGGCUUCGGGGUACUGACCUUCUCGGAUGGCUCAAGGUAUGAGGGGGAGUUUGCCCAGGGCAAGUUCAACGGCGUCGGAGUCUUCAUUCGACAUGACAACAUGACCUUUGAGGGAGAAUUUAAAAACGGCAGAGUGGAUGGUUUGGGCCUGCUGACUUUCCCUGAUGGUUCUCAUGGAAUACCCCGCAAUGAAGGUCUGUUCGAGAACAACAAGCUUUUGCGGCGCGAGAAGUGCUCGGCGGUGGUCCAGCGGGCCCAGAGCGCCUCCAAGUCAGCCCGGAGCCUCACUGCCUGACGGGGGCUGUGCCCAGCUGACAGCAAUGCCCACCACCCGCUCAGGGGGGGAAAAUGAACCCAACGUGAGAGGAGACAAAAAUGACCAUGAUGCCGAAGCCCCAGGAGGGGCCUGUCACCUGCAAGGCAGGGCUUUGGUCACAGAAGGUCUGAGGCUCAGGCCACUGCAGCAGUGGUCACCCGGCGUGUCCUUCCCUUCUCUUGCUCAUUGGUACUUCUGUCCCUAACACCGUAGAUCACCUGGUGCAGACUGGCUGCCGCCUUUCUACUUCAUUUUCUGCCAAGUGAUGCAGAAUCUCUUCCUUCUGCCUCUGAUGGUGCAGGUGAUCCCAGCCCCAGAUGAGAGCCAAGUGCUCAGUGCUCUGUGAGAAAUGAGGAAAACAAUAGGCGUGGCCUCGACAGUAUAGCAGUCCCAUGAAAGUCAAGAUCAGAGCUUUUCUGUAUGUUGUCCUGCAUUCCUGGUGGGCAUCUCAUGGCCCCGGGCCUUCCACUUUGUCUGACCAGCCUGGUCCUGUGUCUGCCUGUUGCCCCUGUGAAGGGUUCAGUGAAGUACUGUUUUCCUCUCCCUUGACCUUACAAGCUAUCUUCCUACCCUGAGUUCCAGCAGGUAAUCUGUGCCCCUUGCUCCUUCCUUCGACAUGGGAAAGGAUCCUUUUAGUCAGAAAGAAACUGAUGUAAACAGUCAUCUGAUAGCUUGUAAUUAUUACUUACUCCAGGUCAAGGGCAGACAUCUCUGGGUCACAUCAGGCCUUGUCAUGGAUUGAACUGAAUCCUCAAGGAUGGCCUGGGCUGACACAGCUCCUUCCCAGUGGACCAGUGGGUCAGACCCACCUCAACCCCUUGGGGUUCAGUUAGAAUUUGACCCAUCUUGGGAAGGCAAUGAACUCAAAGAUCAUUUGGUUCACUGUAACUCUUCCACCAUGAGCCUUGGCCAUCAGGCCUAGGGAUCAGAUCUGGAUUGAUUAGACUCCUGCACAAUUCAUCACAGAGGCCUCCAGUUACCCUGGGAUCCCAAAAUGCCCCACCCCAUCCCCAGCCCCUUAUCUUCACACUGAAUGUCUCCUCAACAGCAGAUUGUGGUGGAAGUGAUAGUUGUGUGCCUCUAUUUAUUCUCUGCGUUAUACUGUGGAAACAAGUGCUUAUGAGGAAUAAACAAAUCACCAGAACUGCCUAUA